AUGGCCUUUUUACACUCUUAUUCGUGCGAGUGUCUCAAAUCAGAAUUGGAAUUAUUCACCGUCCCACCAACGCAAGCAACAAUUGAAAACUCGCAAUGGUUACAUUACAAACCAAUAUCGUCGUUAACCAAUGAUUCACCUAUAGAAUUUGUUAUACCAGGCCAGGGGGAAGAAUACAUCGACUUAUCACAUACCAUGUUAUGUAUCAGUGUUCAAAUAAGACUGACCGUUUCCAAAGAAAUUCCAAAAAAAGAAGAGACUUCAGGUGCUGUUGAUAAGCUAGUAGGACUCGUCAAUAAUUUUAUGCAUUCGUUAUUCAAUCAGGUAGAUGUGUUUUUCAAUCAAAAACUUGUAACACCCCCAAAUAAUGCGUACGCUUACAGAGCUUAUAUAGAAACAUUGCUUAAUUAUGGCCCUGCUGCAAAAAACUCUCAUUUAACAAGUGUGUUGUGGUAUAGCGAUACGGGUAGUGAAAUGGCGCAACCAUCCAUCUUAAACGCCGGUUUUCUAAAACGGUGUUUGUUAACAGCUAAUGCUAAGAAAAUUGACCUUAUGGGUCAUUUACAUUGCGAUGUUUUCAAUCAAGAAAGGUUUCUGAUAAACGGCGUAGAAAUGCGUUUGCGGAUGGUACGAUCAAGAGACGCUUUCUGCCUUAUGGAUCAAACCGAACGAGGUUUCGAAGUUCAUAUACUCGAUGCUACGCUACUUGUCAGACGUUCAAAGAUUUCACCAGGUAUAUUAUUAGCCCACGCUAAAGCUCUUUCAAAAACUACAGCAAAGUAUCCUCUUACGCGUGUUGAAGUAAAAUCUAUAUCUAUACAUAGCGGUAUAUAUGGUGAAACGCUCGACAAUGUGAUACUUGGUCAGAUACCAAAACGUUUAAUAAUCGGUUUUGUCGAUAAUAGAGCAUUCAACAGAAAUCGCACGCUUAAUCCUUUUAAUUUUCAUCAUUACAAAAUUAAUUAUUUAUCUUUAUACGUUGACGGCACACAAAUACCUAGUAAACCGCUACAACCAAAUUUUACAAAAGAAGGCCUGUAUAUGGAUGCCUAUCACACACUCUUUUCUGGAACGGGUAUACAUUUUCUAAACGAGGGUAAUUCUAUUUCUCGUGAAAAUUAUCCAAAUGGGUACUGUCUUUUCGCAUUUGACCUCACACCGGACCUUUCGGCAAACAACAAUAUGCACUGGAAUUUAAUGACGGGAACGUUAGAAUUGAUGUGCGUUUUGAAGAAGCGUUAA